CAAUCUUGUGGCCACAAUUUUUGGCUAAGCUAUCAAGGUCAUCGCCUUCAGGUUAAGUACAGACUUCCGGAACCAAUUGUGUACUUAAACCGAGGUACUGUACCACUGUAUUCCGAGAGGAUCCCUAGCCUGGGGGGGGACGACAAAACUCUAUCAAUGCAGGACAAUCCUGUAUAUACAGGUGGCAACUGUAUGCACAAGGCUACAAAGGAGGGUACUUACUUAUUCCAGAUCAGCCUAACUGCAAUCUCUCUGGAGUAAAUUAUCAUUAGCAUUUCAACGGGGCACAUAAUGUUUCUUUAUCCCAUAUGCAGCCAGAUUUUGUGCAUGCUGCUUGGAAAGUUAGCUGUACGUUUAAGUAUUUACCAGUAAGUAAGACUUGAAGCCUGUACAGUGCAUAUAAGCAGGACUUGUAGUAGGUUUUUCUCCUUUGCAGCAUGGAAAUUGCUAGGUAAAUUAUUAUUUGGAGGGCCCAAGCCAGUUCCAUAAAUAUUAUUUCAGUAUUUAACAAGCAAUUGAUUUUUUUAUCAGUAUUUUAAAAGUGUUGGGGUUUUUUUUUCUAUGUAAACUGCUUAGAGGUUUAAAGGUACAUAAGAAAAGCCUUGCUGGAUCCAACCAAUGUGGCAUCCUGUUCCCACAGUGCUUUAGUUGAGAUUCCUGCAUUGCAGGGGGGUGGGCUAGAUGACCCUUAGGAUCCCUUUCAACUGUACAAUUCUAUGAUUCUAUGGUCAACCAGAACACCCUGGGAAGCCCCAAAUCACGGCUUAAGUACAACAGCAGUCUCCUCACUUGUGUUUCUCCUCACUUGUGUUUUCCAGUAAGUGGUGUUCAGAGACAUACCACCUCCACUACUGGUGGUAGCCAAGAAUAUUUAAUUCUACAGUGGUACCUCGGUUUGCGACCGCAAUGCAUUCCGCGGAGGCGGUCGCUCGCCAAAGCGGUUGCUCGCCGAAGGCACGCUUCUGCGCCAAUAGAACGCUUCUGCGCACGCACUGUGCAGAUUGCGUCUGCACAUCCGACUCCGCGGAGCCCGGAUGUAAACAUUUUCGGGUCAGCGGUGGUCGUUCGCCGAAGCGGUCGCUCGCCGAGGUAGCCGUAAACCGAGGUUUGACUGUAUACUGACCAACCAUAUGUAAAGCUGACUAUGGGAGGAGCCUUCUGAGAGUUUCAUUCAUACAUCAUUUAUAGUCCAGACCUUCAGUGUGCUCAAGGCUGCAUGUAUGGUCAAAGGGAAGAAGAAUGACAUCUUUGUUUGGUUACUGUUUGGGCUGAAUGUAAACUUUAUUUUGAUAUUCUGUUCCAGGAUAAAUGGGUUUGCAUGACAUUUUCCAUGAACUAAGGCAGUUCCAUGUCUUGUUUGGACUGUUCCUGUAUUCUACGGACACGAAUUGAAUCCAUUGGAGCAGAAAAGCAAUCAGAAGGCAGCAGCACUCAAGACUUGACAGAUGAACCUGCUUUAUAUUGGGGACAAUCAACUCAAAGAGGAGAUGAAGAAAUAUCAUGGUCCUCUGAUGUAUCCCAUUAUGAUAUCCAGGUGGAAAUAGGAAGGGGAUACAGCAACUUAACUUCAAUCUACCUCGCACGUCAUAUCCCUACAGGAACACUGGUGGCUAUAAGGAUUACAGAUCUGGAAAGAUGUUCUGAAGAACACUUGAAAGCUUUACAAAAUGAGGUGGUUUUAUCCCAUUCCUUUCGACACCCCAAUAUCAUGACUCUUUGGGCAGUGUUCACUGCUGGAAGCUGGCUUUGGGUUAUUUCUCCUUUCAUGGCCUACUGUUCAGCUAGCCAUCUACUGAGGACUUACUUUCCUGAAGGCAUGAGUGAAGUGUUGAUAGGAAAUAUCCUGUUUGGAGCAAUCAGCGGGUUAAACUACAUGCACCAACAUGGCUACAUUCACAGAAGUAUUAAAGCUAGCCACAUACUGAUUUCAGGGGAUGGCCUGGUGUAUCUUUCUGGAUUGAACCAUCUUUGCAGUCUAGUGAGCAGUGGGAAACAGUUAAAAGCUGUGUAUGACUUCCCUCAGUUCAGUGCAUCAAUGCUUCCCUGGCUGAGUCCUGAACUACUGAGGCAGGAUAUGUAUGGCUAUAAUGUGAAGUCUGACAUCUAUAGUGUGGGCAUUACAGCAUGUGAACUAGCUAAUGGGCACGUACCUUUUCAGGAUAUACCUCGGACGCAGAUGCUGCUGCAGAAGCUGAAAGGUCCCUCUUAUUCUCCUUGGGCUAUAAAUACUUUUCCGCGUGGUGAAUCCAGGAUAAAAAAUUCUCGAUCAGGGAUUGACUCUGGAAUUGGUGAAAGUAUGACACACACAAUGACAAGUGAGAGGUUGCAGACUCCACCAAAAACUUUCUCCCCAGCUUUCUAUAACUUGAUAGAACUCUGUUUGCAACAGGACCCAGAGAAAAGGCCAUCAGCAAGAGGUCUCCUGUCGCAUGCUUUCUUCAAGCAGGUAAAAGAACAAACAAAGGGUUCUUUACUUUCGCUGCUGCCUCCUGCCGUCCAACAUGUCCAGCCACAGGUGCCAACAGUGUGUUCAGCAGCCAUCUGUAAGACUGGAUGCAUUUUGCCAAAUGAGAGAGAGGUGUACUGGGAAUUCUAAAGAUACCAUACCUCUGAUAUCUCUCUCUAGGAAAAAAUAAUGUGAUUUUUGUCGCUUUUUCCUUUUCAUGUUCAAAAUACAAAUAUUAGUUAUAUACUUGAAAAUGUUUUAAAAAAUGUGCCAAUACUUUAUAUGAGGAAAAUUCUUCCAAAGUGGUACUACAGAAUGCAGUAACCCUCACUUCUUGGAUUACCAUAAAUGUCUACACUUCCUCAAGCAUCUCCCUUCCAUUCUUACAACUGAAUUGCAACGGUGCAUAUUUUAGCCUGGUAUGGCAUGUCUGAUAUAUCUAUGCCUUUACUGCCUCAGAAGUGUUAAUCUAAAAUACUGUUUCCCUUCUCUCAGCUUUUGUGUGUUUGUUUGUUUGUUUGUGUGUGUGUGUGUGUGUGUGUGUGUGUGUGUGUACUGUUCAUCAAAUAUCUAAACUUCUUUAAAGUAAUGCAUAUUCCUGCUUACAAAAGUGGUGUGCAAACCAUUGUGAGCUUUGCAUGCCACCUACCCUCUAACAGUUGUUGGAGUAACCAUUACUGAGGCCUGGAGUUAGCUGUGAUCUUUAAUACAAGGUAUCAUUUACAAAAUCUAAUAAAGGGAGAAUAAUUUGCAUAACAGCAGUAAAACAGGAGUUUGAAACUACUUGAUUAUAUUAUUUAUAAAGAGAUUGCUUAAUAGACUUGCAGCUCUAAUUGGAAUGGCACUGCCUUGGGCUCACAUAUCACUAGCCUUUAAACAGGCAACAUCUUAAGUUGAAUACUGUUGCACCAGCGAGGAAAAAGAAUCUAUGUGGCAUACAGAAGAUCCACUGAAUGGAAGCAUGGCUUUAAUACUAUGGCAAUACAUGACUGUUGGAGGUAUACUGCUGCAAACAUUAUUCUAGGAAGCAAUAGAUGCUUAAAUGAGAUGGACUUAGGCCUGCAUUUUGUCCUCUUUGUUGUGCCUUUCAUUGAGACAGGAAAUAAUUCCCAAUUACAAACAAGAAGAAGCAAUAUAAAGGCCAGACUGACAAGAAAGAGACCACUUUCUGUUCUUGUUACUCUAGUACUGUGAAUGACUGACUGAACAUGACCUUAACCAAAAUU